GUUGGUACUUGGUAGCACCGAUCACAAAUUGUCAUUACUCAACGGCUGAUAUUUUUUUAAAACAAUCUUGUCUUUCGUCUUGCUGAUGGAUAUUUUUAAUUUUAUUAAUUUCGUUACUAUUUCUUACUUUUGAUAACAAUGGAAACUAAAACUACACAUAAUAAGCAAAGCAACCGAUUUUUGAAGCUUUCUUUGAAGAAAUCUAGACCAAAACCAAUUCAAGACAUACAUAAAGAGGACAAGAAUCCAGAUAUUAUAGUACUUGAUGAAUCUUUUGAUAGAUUACGAAAUGAUUUCCUUAGCCCAGCGAAAUCUAGCCAAAAAAUAUAUUCUCCAAUCACUAUCAAUGAUUCCUGUGAAAUGUCUUUCAAUGAUGAUCUACCUAAAAUCAAUUUUAAUGACCAUGAACCUAGCAGAAAUGGAAAUAUAUCCUUCAACUGUUCAAGAGAAGAAACAUCAUCAACGAAAAAAGGAUCACGACCAAGCAUCGGAGGAUGGUCACCUGCACAGCACAUCAUUUGUGCCACACCCAAGCAUGAUCCCACACCAUCAUCCCCCAGAGACGUAGCAAACGAAUCACAUGAACAGUGUUCGUUAAAGAAAAUACACUUAUCACAAAAGAAAAUACUUAACGAUUUAUAUGGAGAGCAAUGGAAAUCAAUACCAAAGUUAUUUAAAGCUAUUAAAGCGAAUUGUGAGAACUAUGACACUAUAUCAAAGAAAUUACAGUUUGACGAAGAUGAAAGUGAUAAAGAGAAUAUAAGACACGAUUUGAAGCAGAAUAAAAUGUUGUAUUUGACUGAUUCUGAAGCCAAACGAAGAGUUGAUAUGACUACGGAUUCUGAAAGAAAAUCUAAGAAAAAGUUGUACACUGAAAAAGUACCUAGUACUCCUGAAAUAGGAAAGAUUAAACCGAGGAAUGUUGCCAGUACAACGAAGAAAACGAAAGUGAAUAAGGCUAUGAGUGUAACGGAGAUGGUGGAAGUUAUGAAUAACGAUGUUGAUCUGUUAACAAAGAAAGUUCAGAAUGUUUGUGUUGCACCCGUAAUUAAAGAUGAUACGAGACUUAGCUUUAUUGGCUCUCUGGCAGAUGACAUACCAUCCUAUCGAUGUAACGUAGAAGCGCUACAAUACCAUGACAACUACAAGAAUCUAAAGGAACAGUUAGCUCGGAGGCUAUUUGUGGAAUUCAAUAAGAAUGUUUUUGACAAUGUCAUGGAAACUGACCUGCCUAUACUAUGGGAUCCUAGGUUUAGAACAACUGCUGGAACAACAACAAAUCGCAUGAUAAAGAAUGCGAAAGGCGAGCGUAUUAGGACCUCCACCAUAAAGCUGUCUACCAAGGUACUGGAUAGACCUCAGAGGCUAAGGGACACCCUUAUACAUGAGCUGUGCCAUGCUGCCACUUGGCUGAUUGACUUCGAGCUCAAAGCUGGACAUGGACCGCUGUGGAAUAAAUGGGCUAAGCGCGCUCUCAAAGUGUACCCUGAACUGGGCGAGAUAUCGAGAUGCCACGACAUGCAGAUACAUUACAAAUACUCCUACAAAUGUACCAAAUGUGGAUAUAGUGUAAAUCGCCACUCAAAAUCGAUAGACAUAACGAAAAAAUGCUGCGGCUAUUGCCACGGCAAGUUUGAGCUGGUUCUAAACAAGAAGAAUAAAGAUGGCGUCGUGGUGUCAACUCGGGCUAAAAAGCCAAAUUAUCAAGACUUUUCUAUGCACGUUAAUGAGAACUAUUCGAAGCUUAAUGACGGCACACGGACUUACGGAGAAGUUAUGAAGAUUUUAGCUGAACCGUUCUUAUGAGGGUAAUAAUUUGAUAUCAUUCUGUAUCUAUAGUUAUGUCUAGAGGUGGGUUAAACCUAGAGAGCGCGCUAGGCAAGCACCUUAUAGAUGCUAAUUAGUUUUGGCGUCGUUGCCACUCGUGGGCAGUUAGGUCCGCGCGUCUCUCGGCGCCUCUCUGUAAUCGCUCGCGCCCUAGGGAUAAUACGCCUCUGGUUAUGACUUAUAUCUACCAAGACGGCAGAAUGAUUCUGUAGUUUACUUUAGACAAUUUGUAAGUUAAUCAUUACUAUAAUAUGUACCUAGAUGUAAAAGUGUUAUAUAUUUUUUGAAAAUGUAAAUUUUAUUGGCUUGCCGUGUUUUUAGAUUAUGUAAGUAAAUCCGAUUAUUUGUAAUGAACACAUUUUGAAUGAAGUCCAACUCGAAUUGAGCAGCCAUGAUGAUUAAUGCUCGAACCUUCUCCGUGCGAGAAGAGGCUUUUAGUUAUAUUUACACAGGGUUAUAUUGAGGUAAACAAAUAUGUACAAGUUAAAUGUCUCGGAUUCAAUCGCCAAGUCGCGCAUAAUGUAAUAAAUGUAGUUACUAUCAUAUCACCGUUGAGUUCAUGCUUGCUAACAAUUUGGUAAUAGUUUUUAUUUAUUAAUUAUUGUCAAUUUUAAAACCAUGUCUGUUUGUAUGUUGAUACUUUUGUUACAUAUUAAUUGUAAUAGAUAACUUUAUAUAAUGUAUGUACACGAGUUUGUUAGGUAAGUAUAUGGUGUUAUUUAAUUAUUGAUUAUGUUUAAUACAAUAAUAUAUUAUAAUGUAUAAUUACAUAUAAUUAAUUUAGACUAAUUGUACUGGUUACAAUGAAUUUACACGACUGCCCAGAAAUGAGUGAUCAAGUGUUUCGACUGAAUCCAUUUUGUAAGAUUUGUAAGGAUGUUAAUAUAGACCGAUAUAUUUA